ACAACCACACAGACCACACCAACAAACACACCAACAACCACAAACAACCACCACACCUACAACCACACAGACCACACCAACAACAACAUCCAAAAAAGACACCACCACCACGUUGACUACCACACUGACACCGUCAUUGCCGAGCGAGUCCACCACACUUACCACCACAGCAACAUCAGAUUACAGCACAUUGUGCACAACAGUGCCCCCUGAACCGCCCAGCAUUGUGACCACAGUGUCCAGCACAAUGCCCAGCUCAUCCAGCCCAGUGACCUGUGUGCUCAUGUGCGUUCCAUACACUGAGCCCAUCUCACCAACCACCCUGUCCACCACUCCAUUCAGCAUUCUGUGCACGACAUUGGCCGCUGGGUCCAGUCCAGCCGCCAGCACAUCACCAACAAUGUCUAACGCAUCGACCAGCAGGUCAAUUUCAGUGUCUGACACAUCAAGCAGCUCUUCAACCACAAUUACCAGCCCACCAGCCAACAAGAUCACCAGUGCGUCUACUUCGACUACCACUGCAAUGAAUCAAUUAAAUACAACCACGAAACAAGUCUUGACAACAGCUGCCACCACUCGUCUGACCACUGAAACCACCACCACAAGUUCUACCACAACAAAGUCACCAGGUAAAAACCCUUGUCAGAAUGGAGGGACCUGGGAUGGUGAUGAAUGUGACUGCCUAGACAACUACGAAGGAGAUUUUUGCGAACGUGUAGACGAUGACAUUGAAUUAGAUGAAGUUGUGGCCAUUGUUGAAGUUACACUCAGGAUAGUGGGCGAAGUAUUUUCAGAAGCGCUAACGGAUGACCAAUCAAUUGAAUACCAUGACUUUUCGGAAAAGUUUAUGGAACAGAUGGACAACAUUUUCAAUAAUAUACGAGGAUACAAAGGAGUGAAGAUUUUAAAGAUUCGGAGCGGCAGUAUCAUCGUGGAUCACGAGGUUAUUCUGGCCACAAACUCUUCGGAAGCAGUGUCUCAUAAUUUUCUCAAUAAAAUAGCCGAAGAAAUUAAAACAACUCUUAAAGAUCCAACUUCAUCAGGAGGCAACAACACUGGAUUUGAAAUUGACACUUCCUCUGUAGGCGUUAAAGAAGCUGUUCUCACUGCUGAUUGUGCUUCAGAGGUUCCAGAGAAACUAAGCCAGUAUUAUACACUGGUUGUGAUUGGUAAGAAGACCAUUUGUGCUUCAGUCUGUAAUUCGCAAAGGAAGGACGCAAUGAAAUGUGGAAAUGGAAUGUGUGGAAUGAAAAGUAAUGGACCCAAUUGCUAUUGUGACGUGUCUCAAGACUACUGGUACUAUGGUGAUUCCUGCAACCAUAUGAUUCAUAAAAAAGGCUUCAUUGCUGGUUUAUCAGUAACACUUAUUGUCCUUCUUCUUGGCCUUUUGGCUCUUUUGAUCAACAAUGUGAGGUUUCACAAGAGCCUAAACCUAACACAAACCAAAAGAAAUGACCAAGUGAAAGAAAUAAUGGAAAGCUGGGAAGAAGAUGAUUGGGAAUGGAAAAAUCCUGGGUCUCUUAUUAUCGAAAAUAGGAACACCGAUUCCAUUGAUGAUACAAUAAGUGAAGGACAAUCCUCCAGCAGUUCUACGAGUUAUACGCUGUGGCGGGGGAAUAUGGUAUGGUGAAAACAAGGAGAAUUUUAUUGUUCAGCUCAAAAACCAGGUCACAGAUGAAUAUUACUGACUUCUGCAAUGAAGUAUAACAUGUCCAGUUUAUCGGUGUUUGAAUAUUUUUACUGCAUGUUUCCUGAAUUUAGUUUGAUAUUAUUUUACGCACUGAAACCUAUCAAAAUUAACUGUGCACAACUUAAUUAAAACAUACCAGAUUGCUCCAAGAUUAUUAAACAAAGCCAGACUAUCUAAUGAAGCAAUAUGGUGCAUGGCUCCAAAGAUCAUUUCCCGGAACUGUAGAGUGUCAAAAAGUACAUUGUAAAGGGGUGGAAACAAGUUGCAUAAUAAGUCCUCUUUUGAGUAUCUUUCUGUACCAGUAACUGUAUUAAAAUGGUCGUAAUAUAUAUUUUAAAAAGUAAUAAAUCAAAAUGUUAGUAUUUCCUAGUAUUCAAGUUUAUUUGAAGCACUCUGAAUUCCAAAUGUCCAAUAAAAAGGCAACAUACAUCCAACCUGGUCAGAUGACACGAGUCGCAUUCUUUAGGACUUAAGUAAAGAAAAAAAUUUGGGGAGCAAAACCCAAGGUGCUGGAGGAACUCAGCGAGGCAGGCAGAUUUUUAUCGGGAAUGUUUUGGGUUGGGACCUUCUCCUGAUUAAUUGUAGGAGGGAAGAGAAAAGCUGGAAAAGAGAGGUGGUUGCAAGAUAGAGCCUGGCAAGUGAUAGGGUGGAUACAGGUGGGGAGGGCUUGAUUGGCAGAUGGGUGGAGUAAGUGACAAACACUCGAGAUGAAAAGGAGACAGAACGGUAUCAGAUAAGGAUAGAAGGAGGAUGAAACGUAAAGUCAAAAGGAGGGAAAUUGGUGGAAGGGGAUAGGUGGGAGGGUAAUGAGAGAAGAUAAAAGGGAAAUUAGGGAUUUAGGAAUGGGAGGUGAGUGUACAAGGAGAAAGAAAAGAGAAAGAUGACUGCGGCGGGAUAGUGGAAGAAAUGGGUGCGCACCAGGAUGGGGUGGUGAAUUACUCAAAAUUGGAAAAUUCAAUGUGCAUACCAUUGGGUGUAGGCUCCCCAAGCGGAAUAUGAGGUGCUGUUCCUCCAGCUUGCAUGUAGUCUCACUCUGUCAAUGGAGGAGGCCAAGGACAGAAAGAUCAGUGUUGGAAUGGGACGAUAAGUUCGCAACUGGGGAAUCCAACAGGUCUUGGUGGACCGACUACAAGUAUUUGGUGAAAUGCUCGUUGAGUCUAUGCUUGGUCAUGCUGAUGUACA